AGUAUAAAAACGGCGGUACUGCGGCUACCGGUCCUCUUUCUAACCUCCCGUUCAAGAUGACGAAGAAAAGAAGGAACAACGGGCGCGCGAAGAAGGGCCGCGGGCACGUGCAGCCCAUCCGCUGCACCAACUGUGCCCGCUGUGUCCCCAAGGAUAAGGCCAUCAAGAAGUUCGUCAUCAGGAACAUCGUGGAGGCGGCGGCCGUUAGGGACAUCUCUGAAGCCAGCGUGUUCGACUCAUAUGUGUUGCCCAAGCUCUAUGUGAAGCUCCAUUACUGUGUAAGCUGUGCCAUCCACAGCAAGGUGGUAAGGAACCGUUCCCGUGAGGCACGGAAGGACCGCACACCACCACCUCGCUUCAGACCUAGUGGUGGUGCCCCAAGACCUCCUCCCAAACCCAUGUGAUCCUAACAUGGAAGAUUCUGUACAUUUUUCAUGAAAUUUGAAAAAUAAAUGAUUGAUAUUAA